AUGCCGAGUCUUCUCAAUGGUGUUUCGUUCGCCGUGGUUAUCCCCCUUCUCCUGUUCAGAGUUGGCGAGAUUAGAGCUAUGGCUGAAAACCCAGGGAACUGGAGGCUCAGGUACCCCCACUGUGGGGGAGUGAAACAGUCCCCCAUCAACAUCCUGACCAACACGGUGCUGUAUGACCCUCUGCUGCCUCAUUUUGAUUUGUCCCAAUAUAACAGGACAGAGGAUGUGUGCAUGCAGUUUCUCAACAAAGACGGUCGUACAGUGCAAGUAAGGUAUAAAGGACACAGCAUAUUCAUCAAAGAAGGCGGACUGCCUACGUCAUACAAGCUUGACCAGUUUCACUUUCACUGGGGUGCUGAUGACGACCGGGGUUCAGAAAAUAGCCUCGACAACAUCACUUUUCCCAUGGAGGUGCACAUAGUUCAUCGCCAGCACAGUUUGAACUCUUUUAGAAAUGCAGCUUCUUACCCAUCAGGUCUAGCUGUAAUUGGAGUCUUUUUUAAGGUUGUGGCAGAAGAUAACGAGAAGUUGAACAGGCAUCUUUUACAAUAUUUUUCCAAGGUUAACCAAUCGGGCCAGGCGACUUUAAUACCGACCUUCGCCUUGUCUGAAAUCCUGCCCGACAUAAACAAUCUGGACUACUACCGUUUCGACGGCAGUCUAACGACGCCCCCUUGUUACGAGUCGGUCAUCUGGUCAGUGGCCACAGAGUUUAUUCCCAUCUCAGAAUCUCAGGUCAGUAUGUGGGUGAGGAAGGUCAAGGUUGCUGUGUGGGUUCUGAGAUGUACAUUCUACAAUGUUGUUUUCUAA